CCCACGAGUCACCCCACCAAAGCCGGUACCAAAUUCAAUCUAAAUGAUAAGGCGCUCUCUCUCCCAAAAUUCUCUGUAGCUCUCUCUCUCCCUCCGUCCCUCGUUUGGUGAGGGAGAGUGCAGCUGGAACACAAAGCGAAUGUGAUAAACCCCAAGCAGCAAUGACCACUUCUCUGCAACCGUUUCUUCUCUGUAAACCCCCGCCGUCUUUGUCGUCUUCGAAGCGUUUUCAUCUUCCUCGCUAUGCAGCUUCUUCUUCUUGCCUCUCUUUCAAUCUGAUUUCUUUCCCUACUUUCACUUCCUCAAAUUUUCUUAAAUCCCGACUUUUUUCCCGGACUCUAUCGGUUCCUUGCACGUUACGCCCCGAAAGUGGGGGCUUAGAUUCCGAAAGAUUGACAUUUUCGGAUAAUUUCAAGAAUUUUUACGGCGAUAGCUCGAGUCUCAAUGUGAAUAGUUCGUUUUCCGAAUUUGGAAUUUCGAAAAAUGACGAAUUGGGCGGUGGAAAUUCUGAAAUUCGGUUAAAGAGUGAGUUUGGGGAGGUGGGUUUGGAAAAUGGGGAAGCGGGUAGUGAAAAACUGGAGCAAAGUGAGGGAAAGGAUCAGAAUUUGGCCGCCACUGAGGGAAAGAGUGGGACUUUGAGUGAUUCUGGGAUAAAGAGUAGGUUACCGUUGGUAAUGUUCUUGAUAGGGACGUGGGUAAGGCUGAAAAAAGGUUUUGAGAAAGUAUUGGGUUGGGAGUGGUCGAGUUGGUGGCCCUUUUGGCGGCGGGAGAAGCGGUUGGAGAGGUUGAUUGCGGAGGCAGAUGCAAACCCGAAGGACGUGGCGAAGCAAAAUGCUCUGCUGGCUGAGCUCAAUAAGCAUAGUCCAGAAUCUGUCAUCAAUCGAUUUGAAGGAAGAGAUCAUGCAGUAGACAGUAGAGGAGUUGCAGAAUAUCUUCGAGCUCUUGUAGUCACGAAUGCUAUAUCUGACUAUCUUCCAGACGAGGAGACUGGGAAGCCCUCUAGUCUUCCUACAUUGUUGCAAGAGCUGAAACAGCGAGCAUCAGGUAACAUGGAUGAGGCCUUUCUGAACCCUGGCAUAUCUGAGAAGCAGCCAUUACAUGUUGUAAUGGUUGAGCCUAAAGUUUCAAACAAAUCACGUUUUGUGCAAGAUCUUAUCUCCACUAUCUUGUUUACUGUAGCUGUUGGAUUAGUGGGGUUAAUGGGUGCCGCUGCAUUUCAAAAGUAUGUAGGGAACUUGGGUGGGAUAGGAGCAUCUGGUGUUGGAUCAAGUUCUUCCUAUGCCCCAAAGGAGUUAAAUAGAGAUGUUAUUCCAGAGAAGAAUGUUAAAACAUUUAAGGAUGUCAAAGGUUGCGAUGAUGCAAAGCAGGAGCUUGAGGAAGUGGUGGAAUAUCUGAAAAACCCAUCUAAAUUUACUCGGCUUGGUGGAAAGUUACCGAAGGGAAUUCUUUUGACUGGAGCACCAGGAACAGGAAAAACUCUGCUUGCCAAGGCUAUUGCUGGAGAAGCUGGGGUACCCUUUUUCUAUAGAGCAGGAUCUGAAUUUGAGGAAAUGUUUGUUGGUGUUGGUGCUCGGCGUGUAAGAUCCUUAUUCCAAGCUGCAAAAAAAAAGGCUCCUUGUAUAAUUUUCAUCGAUGAAAUAGAUGCUGUUGGGUCCACAAGAAAACAAUGGGAAGGCCAUACCAAGAAAACAUUGCAUCAAUUGCUCGUUGAAAUGGAUGGCUUUGAACAGAAUGAGGGUAUAAUAUUAAUGGCUGCAACAAACUUGCCUGAUAUUCUUGACCCAGCUUUAACAAGGCCUGGUAGAUUUGAUAGGCAUAUUGUUGUUCCAAAUCCAGAUGUACGAGGUCGUCAAGAGAUAUUGGAGCACUAUCUACAGAAUAAACCAUUGGCUGACGAGAUAGAUGUAAAGGCAAUUGCUCGUGGUACUCCGGGAUUCAAUGGGGCAGAUCUUGCAAACUUGGUUAAUAUUGCUGCCAUUAAAGCUGCUGUUGAAGGUGCAGAAAAGUUAACAGCUUCUCAGCUGGAAUUUGCAAAAGACAGGAUUGUGAUGGGUACAGAGCGGAAAACAAUGUUCAUGUCAGAAGAGUCAAAGAAGCUCACUGCAUACCAUGAGAGUGGCCAUGCGAUUGUUGCCUUCAAUACAGAGGGCGCACAUCCGAUACACAAGGCAACAAUCAUGCCACGUGGAUCUGCUUUAGGAAUGGUCACUCAGCUUCCUUCAAGUGAUGAGACAUCAAUUAGCAAAAAGCAGUUAUUAGCCCGUCUCGAUGUUUGUAUGGGAGGUAGAGUUGCAGAAGAGCUCAUCUUUGGUCAGGACCAGGUCACAACAGGAGCUAGUAGUGACCUUCACACAGCUACAGAGCUAGCCCACUAUAUGAAGAAUUUCCUAUUUCAAUUGCUUCUUGAGUGCAUCUUCCUAUUUAAGGUAUCAAAGUGUGGGAUGAGUGACACGAUCGGGCCAGUUCACAUCAAUGAGCAGUCAAGUUCAGAAAUGCAAUCACGUAUUGAUGCUGAAGUGGUGAAACUCUUAAGAGAAGCAUAUGACCGUGUAAAAGCCUUGCUAAAGAAGCAUGAGAAGGCAUUACAUUCGCUGGCAAAUGCACUUCUAGACUAUGAGACACUAAGCGCCGAAGAAAUAAAGCGCAUUCUUCUUCUGUACCGUGAAGGAAGGCUGCCCGAGCAACAAGAACAAGAAGGGAACCUUGUAUUGGUUUAGAAUUUGGCUCCUUUUCUUUUUCAGAAAUCUGCAACUCCAGGGGAGCUCUGUACAGUUUAUUGAAAGCACCAUAGAUGGUUAUUUGUACCACUACCAAUCCCCCUUUUCUCUUUCUGCUACAACAUACACCAAUGGAAGUCUAUUCAUACACACUCCCAGAGUAUCUCUGAAGCAACGUUCUGGCCUCUUGUCUGACACACAGCCAAUGUGAUGGAUAAUGUAUUAGUUGGAGAAAUCCUGUAUUGUUUAAACUAUUACCCCAUUUUGGGUGAAAUUUUGAAGUUAAGGACAGAUUUGAGAUUACAGGAACUCUUGUAUUGUACUCUUUUUUUUUUCUUCUUCUUGGACAAAAUAGAACCUUUUAUUAAUAAAUCAACUAUUACAUGCUUUGUCA